UAUUCUGUCAUAUAGAUGAAUCUUCUUUUUUAUUCGGUCUUGAAGUUAGUUAUGAAAACACGUUUUAAAUGUAUUUAAAGUAAAUCGUGGUAUAUCGGUUAUGAAUUUGUUUAACACGGAGUCAUAUUAAUUCAAAAAUAAUUAUGGGUAAGAAGAACAAACGGAGUAAUAAAUCUGCUUUGGGAUAUUCCUUAAUUAAAGACAGAUUUGGCAAAAGUAAUCUUAAAAAAUUUAAUUCGGAUUCUUUGGUACACACAACUGAAUUGCAAGAUGGAUAUGACUGGGGCAAACUUAACCUGCAAUCAGUCACAGAGGAAUCAUCAUUUCAAGAGUUUUUAUCUACUGCAGAAUUAGCAGGCACCGAAUUCCAAGCGGAAAAGCUGAAUAUAACAUUUGUUAAUCCCAGAUCAAAUGUCGGUUUAUUGACGAAAGAUGAAUACAAAACUAUAUUGGCCAAACAAAAACUAUUUUAUGAUAUUAUAAGGAUCCCAAGAAGACCACCUUGGAAUAUGGACACAUCAGCCGAAGAACUAGAUAAAAUGGAGAAACAAAGUUUUUUAGAGUGGCGAAGAUCUCUAGCAAUGUUACAAGAAAAUGAGAGUAUCCUGCUAACUCCAUAUGAGAAAAAUUUAGAAUUCUGGCGUCAGCUUUGGAGAGUUAUAGAGCGCAGUGAUAUUUUAGUUCAAAUCGUAGAUGCAAGGAAUCCCUUAUUGUUUCGUUGUGAAGACAUAGAAAGAUAUGUCAAGGAAGUUUCUGAGGAUAAAAUUAAUGUUGUCCUACUAAAUAAAGCAGAUUUUUUAACAGAACCGCAGAGGCAAUGUUGGGCUUAUUAUUUUGCUUCUAUAAAUGUUCAAGUGGCAUUUUUUUCUGCCACGGUAUCAGAAGAGAAAUUGAAUCUAAAAGAAAGCAAAGUGACUAAGUCAGAAACUGUGAAAGAUUCUUCUAAUCCUAGCAAUGUUGCAGAUAUUAGGGAGGUGAAAAGUAAUAUAGAGACUUUAGAAAAAUCAGUUCAAGAAAGUGCCGACACUUUAAAUAAUAUUAUGGAUCAAAUUGAAUCCAUUUUUGGUAACACAAAAUUACAUGAUCAGUCAAAUUUAAUUCAAAAUUCUAGUAAGCUUUUAAGUCGGGAAGAGCUUGUGGAAUUUUUUAAACAAAUACAUUCGGGUCCCAAAGUUACAAAAAAGGUAACAACUAUUGGAUUGGUGGGUUACCCAAAUGUUGGAAAAAGUUCAACAAUAAAUGCAUUAUUGACUUGUAAAAAAGUUUCUGUGUCAUCCACACCAGGCAAAACAAAACACUUUCAAACUGUAUAUUUAGAAAAAGAUGUAAUUUUGUGUGACUGCCCAGGUUUGGUGAUGCCAAGCCUUGUUUUCACUAAAGCUGAAAUGAUCCUAAACGGUAUUUUACCUGUUGAUCAAAUGAGAGAUCAUAUAUCGCCAAUGAAUCUUGUAACAGCCUUAAUUCCCAGGCACGUCAUCGAAGAAAAGUAUGGGAUUUUGUUACCGCAACCCAUUGAAGGAGAGGAUCCUAACAGAAAUCCAACUGCAGAAGAAUUGUUAAAUGCUUAUGCUUUUAAUAGGGGCUUCAUGACAGCUAAUGGACAACCGGAUAAUGCAAGAGCUGCGAGAUAUAUAUUAAAAGAUUUUUUAAAUGGAAAAUUGCUGUAUUGUCACGCCCCACCAACAAUAGACCAAAAAAAGUACCACUUUUGGUGGGAGAGAAGUAAAGCUCAAGUAGAAAGUAGAAUACUCCCACCAAGGGUGACGAGAGCAAUUCAACCUUACAAAACUUCAACAUCAGAUUUUGAUAAAGGUUUUUUUAAAAAUCAUCCUCAAACAGCUCAUAUUAAAGGUGAUAAAGCUGAUUUUGUUUCAGGAAACGUAGACCAGGCGCCAGUGGAAAAACCAUGGAAAAAAAUUAAUAAACAUCAUAACAAAAAAAAGAAGGAAAAGUUAAGAAGGGUUUAUGCACAUCUUGACCAACAUUAAAUGUUUUAUUACCUUUUUUAAAUAAAAAUGGUAACUGUUUAUACAA